AUGAAAGACAUUGAUUAUUUCUACGAAAAAGAUUUGGAUUACAAGAAUAUUGACUAUUUCUACGAUUCAUUACCAUCUCGUCUACAGGGACCAUUCAAGAAGGCCAAUAGUGCAAGAAUAUGCACAGGAAAUGUCCUGCAAGGAUACAGAGGGCCAGAUUAUAUGUGCAACAACGGGAGCGGUGAUAGUAGUGCAAUAGGAUCAUCUCACGGUGUACAGGAGAUAAGCUACUGGUGGGGUGCAAGGAAAGAUAUAAACUACAUACCUUUAAUUGGAUCAGCUAUAUACAUAGGUGUGAGACUUGCCCAAAGUGAUCUUCGUGAGACAAAUUGGAAUUCGUUGUACUUUGAUAGCAGAACUGGUGAAUGCUUGAGUCACUCAAAGGAUGAAGCUGCUGAUAAGUUGAAUGACAAAGGACAAGAAUUAUUUGAUGAGGGAAAAUACAGUGAAGCUGCUGUGUAUUUUGACAACGCCUACCAAUUUUGUUCUAGCGGAUAUUCAAAUGAGAAAACGUUCAAACAAAACCGCGAAAAUGCUAACAAUGAACUGGAGGCAAUUAAAUUAAAGGAACAAGGUGAUGUUUUCUUCAAUCAAGGCAGAUACGUUGAUGCUAAAAGUAAAUAUCAAAAAGCCUUCGUCAAAUCUAGUGCUGCGUAUCUCAUAUAUGAUGAAAGUAUUGAUAAAGCACAAGCAGAAUUAGAUGCAGAGUUCCUAAAUAAUCAAGGAAAUCAAUUAUUUAAUCAAGGAAGAUACAGAGAAGCAGUUGCUAAAUAUCAAGAAGCCUACAACAAGUCCAACAUUCACUACAAUAUAUAUAGAAAUAAUCGGAAUAAUGCUCAAGCGGAAGUGGAUGCAGAUGAUCUAAAAGUACAGGGUGAUGUGCUGUUCAAUGAAGGUAGAUACAGUGAAGCUAAAGACAAAUAUCAAGAAGCUCGCAGAAAGUCUGACAGAGCGAGAAAGAGGUACAAAGAGAAUGUAGAACAAGCUCAAGUUGAAGUUGAUGCAGAACGCCUAAGCAAUCAGGGAGACAACCUCUUUAAUCAAGGCAGAUACGCUGAAGCAAGAGCUAAGUAUCAAGAAGCUUACGAUAAGUCUGAUGCUGCGUAUGAGCAGUACCAAGAAAACAUUAACAAAGCACAAGCAGAAUUUGAUGCACAGUUCCUAAAUAAUCAAGGAAAUCAACUAUUUAAUCAAGGAAGAUACAGAGAAGCAGUUGCUAAAUAUCAAGAAGCCUACGAUAAAUCCAACAUUCACUACGGAGUGUAUCAAAGUAAUAGAAACAAUGCUCAAGCGGAAAUAGAUGCGAAAAAUUUUAAGGAACAAGGCGACGUUCUCUUAAAUCAGGGUAGAUACAGUGAAGCCAAAGGAAAGUACCAGGAAGCUCACAACAAGUCCAAUAUUGCCCGUGAAAACUACAAGGAGUUUGUACAACAAGCUCAAGCUGAAGUUGAUGCAGAACGCCUAAGCAAUCAAGGAGACGACUUCUUUAAUCAAGGAAGAUACAGAGAAGCCGUUGCUAAAUAUCAAGAAGCCUGCAACAAAACAAGAGUUUAUAAGAACAAGUACCAAACUAAGUUGAAUAAGGCACAAAAUGAAGUCGAAGCACAGACCUUAAGCAAUCAGGGAGAUAUUUUUGUGAAUCAGAAGAGAUACAGAGAAGCAAUUCAACAAUACCAAGCAGCUCACAACAAAUCCUCACUUAAUAAGGAUUCCUAUCAAGAAAAAAUAAAAGCAGCUCGACUGCAGUUGGAUAUAGCGGAUGCUGAAAAUUUGAAUAAUCAAGGAAAUCAAUUAUUUAAUCAAGGAAGAUACAGAGAAGCAGUUGUUAAGUUUCAAGAAGCCUACAACAAGUCCAACAUUCACCACGAAGUGUAUAAAAGUAAUAGAAAUAAGGCUCAAGCGGAAGUAGAUGCGAAAAACUUUAAAGAACAAGGCGACGUUCUCUUAAAUCAGGGUAGAUACAGUGAAGCCAAAGGAAAAUACCAGGAAGCUCACAACAAGUCCAAUAUUGCCCGUGAAAGCUACAAAGAAUUUGUAGAACAAGCUCAAGUUGAAGUUGAUGCAGAACGCCUAAGCAAUCAAGGAGACGACUUCUUUAAUCAAGGAAGAUACAGAGAAGCCGUUGCUAAAUAUCAAGAAGCCUGCAACAAAACAAGAGUUAAUAAGAACAAGUAUCAAGCUAAGUUAAAUAAAGCACAAAUUGAAGUCGAAGCAGAGACGUUAAGCAAUCAGGGAGAUAUUUUUGAUCGAUCUGAUGAGGCACGUCGUACAUUUCAACAAGUUCUGGAUAAGUCUAAGGAGUUCUUGAAGUUCCUCCCUAAGAACCACAAACUGAAGCACUACGAAACGGUUGCACUGCUCAAAAUCGAAGGAAAUCAACUCUGCAAUCAAGGUCUGGCAUUGCAGCAAAGUGGUCUUCAACUACUGGAGGAAGCACAGAAGCUGGGUCAGCAGGGACAGUACCAACAAGCAGACAUUUAG